AUGAGCGGUGGCGGAAGUGGUGGAUUUGGAAGCAGCGGAGGCUUUGGAGGAAGUGGUGGAUUCGGAGGAAGCGGAGGAAGUGGAGGAUUUGGAGGAAUGGGUAGUGGAGGAAGUGGUGGAUUUGGAGGAGUGAGCGGCAGUGGAUCUGGAGGUAGCGGCGGUUUUGGUGGAAGUGGAGUUAAGAGAUUUGACACUAUUGAGGAAACAUGGGUCCAUCAUUUUACCCCAAAGUCCAACACCAACAAACGAAACAGUGGAAGCACCCUGGCUCUCCCCCGCAAAGGAGGCAAAGACUGUCCAUCAGCUGGCAGAUACAGCGACAUGAAUACCUACGUCUGUUUAACCGCUCUCUUGCUAGUCAGCGUCAACGCUGCAGGGAAGUAUGGUACAGGAAGUGAAGGCAUAGGAGGAGGAAGUAGUGGGAGAUUUGGAGGAAGUGGAGGAAGUGGAGGAACCGGAGGAUUCGGAGGGAGUAGUGGAUUUGGCGGAAGCGGAGGAUUCGAUGGAAGUAGUGGAUUCGGAGGCAAAGGAGGAUUUGGUGGUGUGAGUGGAGGCAGUAGUGGAGGAUUCGCAGGAAGUGGUGGAUUUGGAGGAAGUGGUGAAUUCGGUGGAAGUGGUGGAUUCGGUGGUGGUGCUGCCGGUAAAGGUGGAAGCUUUGGAGGAAGCGGUGGAUUUGGAGGAAUGAGCGGUGGUGGAAGUGGUGGAUUCGGAGGAAGCGGUGGCUUUGGAGAAAGCGGAGGAUUUGGUGGAAGCGGUGGAUUAGGAGGAAUGAGUGGUAGCGGAAGUGGUGGAUUUGGAGGAAUGAGUGGUAGCGGAAGUGGUGGAUUUGGAGGAAGCGAUGGAUUCGGAGGAAGUGGAGGUUUUGGAGGAAGUGGUGGAUUCGGAGGAAAGGGUGGAUUCGGAGGAUUGAGUGGUGGCGGAAAUGGUGGAUUCGGAAGCAGCGGAGGCUUAGGAGGAAUUGCUGGAUUUGAAGGGAACGGUGGAAUAGGAGGAAUGGGUAGUGGAGGGAGCGGUGGAUCAGGGGGAGUGAGCGGCGGUGGAUCUGGUGGAAGCGGAGGCUCUGGUGGAAGUGGAGGAGCAAAGUACUAA